CGGGGGGGUCACGCGCGCUGUGGUGGUCGUAACUGUCACGUGGUAGUGGUGUUUGGCGGGAAAAGGUCUGCGUCGCGGCAUGGAGGAGGAACGCAUGGAGACGCAUAGCGGGGACGCCUCUGAGCAGCCGGGGACCUCGGGGCUGGCGGCCACACCGCGGUCCCCAGGGACAGCCGGCGACAAGGAGGCGGCGGCGGGACCCGGGCGCGUGGGAUACGAGCUGCCCUGGGUGGAAAAAUACAGACCUCUCAAACUCAAGGAGAUUGUCGGAAAUGAGGAAACCGUGAGCCGCCUCGAGGUGUUUGCCAGGGAGGGAAAUGUUCCAAACAUCAUUAUUGCUGGCCCCCCUGGCACGGGCAAGACGACCAGCAUCUUGUGCUUGGCACGGGCACUGCUGGGCCCAGCGGUGCGGGAUGCUGUGCUGGAACUCAAUGCCUCCAACGAUCGGGGUAUAGACGUGGUGCGUAACAAGAUCAAGAUGUUCGCGCAGCAGAAAGUAACACUGCCUCGUGGCCGGCACAAGAUCAUCAUCCUGGAUGAGGCUGAUAGCAUGACCGACGGAGCUCAGCAGGCACUACGGCGCACCAUGGAGAUCUACAGCAAAAGCACACGCUUCGCUCUUGCGUGCAACGCCUCCGACAAGAUCAUUGAACCAAUCCAGUCGCGCUGUGCGGUGCUGCGGUAUUCUCGGCUGACGGACAGCCAGGUGCUGUCGCGCCUGCUGGAAGUGUGUGACCACGAGUGCGUGCAGCGCACGGACGACGGCUUGGAGGCCAUCAUCUUCACGGCACAGGGCGACAUGAGGCAGGCUCUGAACAAUUUGCAGUCCACGCACACUGGGUUUGGAUAUGUCAACAGUGAAAAUGUUUUCAAGGUGUGUGAUGAGCCACAUCCUCUGUUGGUGAAGGAAAUGAUUGGGCACUGUGUCAGCGGAAAUAUAGACCAGGCUUACAAGAUCAUGUCACAUCUGUGGAAGCUGGGGUACUCACCCGAAGACAUUAUCGGCAACAUAUUCAGGGUUUGCAAGACCUACGCUAUGGCUGAAUACCUCAAGCUGGAAUUCCUUAAGGAGAUCGGGCUGACGCACAUGCGCAUCGUGGAAGGUGUCAACUCAUUGUUACAGAUGGCUGGACUACUUGCUCGUCUCUGCAACAAAACAGUUGCCCCUGCUGCCAGCUGAUGGAAACACCAAGCAACAACAUUGUCCUCAGAGUGACCGAUGGCAGUGGGAAGCAGAGCCCAUUGAUUCUUGUAUUCUAUUUUGAUCAAUGAUGCUCAAUCAACAAUAAGUAUUGCCUUGGUCAUCUGAAGUAAAUUUACAAAGGGUGGGUUUGAUCCCAAAUAGUAAAAAGUAGCUGUAUAAAAUUGACUGCAUGGCUAUAUGAAAAGCUUUACUGUGUGAUAACAUUUGUACAUUAUUGUUUCUAAUCACAUUUCAUUUGCUUUAUUUAGUAGUAGAUGUUUAAGCUUUAUCUACAGCCACAAACUAGCUGAAUUGAAUGUAUUUUGCAUUGAAAUACAGUAUACGGUCAAAGUUCAGUCAUUUUCAAGUCAUUUAUUUAUAAAUAAAGAAAUAAACUUC